AUGCAACUCACCAACAUCCUCCUCGCUUUCAUGGCCAGCGCAGUCGUCGUAAUGGCAGCCCCGGCCGCUGAAGUUAACGAGAACAACGCUGCAGCGUGGAAACGUGUAAUGGAGGUGACUGCAAGGUGGCAGGCACAAACCGCCAUUGCAGAACCGGAAGCUGCACGAAACAAAGCGGCGCUGGAGAUGGAACAAUCUGCGGGAGCCCUCGUCUUUUUGACAUUACCAUGGAUUGCCCUGGCCGCCGGGGAUGAGAAGAGCUUUUUUCUUGGAAAUCCACUGUAA